CUUCAGGGCUGAGAAGUGUGGUGUAUGUGGGAUGCUGCUGUGGCUCUGCCCUCAGAACAAUACAGUGCAACCCUGUGUAACAACAAUAUGGAUAGUAUCCGCCGUAAUUGCCCUGUUUUAUAGCACAUUUUCUUUGACUUGACGCGGAAAAAAUGUGGAUACCGACUGAACAUGAAAAAUAUGGCGUUGUGCUGGCAAAUUUUCGAGGAAUGGUUCAGCAUGGACUCCCUCUGGAGAUCGGUGACACGGUGCAGAUUUUGGAGAAAUGUGAAGGAUGGUACAGAGGAUUCAUCACCAAGAAUCCAAACGUAAAGGGAAUAUUCCCAAGCUCCUAUAUUCACCUCAAGAAUGCCCACGUCAAGAACAAAGGGCAGUUUGAGACCGUCAUUCCCACUGAGGACUCGGUCAUUACAGAGAUAACUAUGACCUUGAGAGACUGGGGUACCAUGUGGAAGCAGCUCUACAUGAGAAAUGAAGGGGAUCUUUUCCACAGACUGUGGCACGUGAUGAAUGAGAUACUGGAGCUGCGGCAGCAGGUUCUGGUGGGCCACCUCACUCACGACCGCUUGAGCGACAUCAAACAACACAUCACGGCACGGCUGGACUGGGGAAACGAGCAGCUUGGUUUGGAUCUGGUCCCCAGGAGGGACUUCGGCAUGGUGGACCCUGAUGAGAUCAGCAUCACAGAGCUGUAUCGGCUGAUGGAAAGACGUCAUCGUAGACGCGAGGCUCCCCCGCAGGCUAGCAUGCACCACCUGUUCCUUCAGAUGAAGAGCAUGAUGAGUUCAAACCUGGGGGAGGAGCUGGAAGUCUUCUUCUCUGUUUAUGACAGCAGGGAAAUGCGACCAAUCAGUGAGAGGUUCUUUGUGCGCCUCAAUAAGCAAGGGCUACCGAAGUCUCCAGAGAAGACUGAGAGGCAGUGUACACUCUUUGUUGAUUUGGGAAGUAGCGAUCUUCGCAAAGAUGUGUAUGUUGUAGCUCAUAUUUUUAGAAUAGGGCGAAUGGUCGCAGGUGAGAAGAAGAGCGUGAGUAACACGCAGUACAAGCGUCCAUAUGGUUGUGCCGUGAUUAGCGUGGCCGACCUGUUAACAGCUGACUUCAAGGACGACCACUUGCUGAAGAUCUACUCAUGCAACGCAGAGAGCGAGUGGUACCAAAUCCACGACAGCAUUAUCAGGAAGGUCAGCUCACGAUACAGCCAUAUUGGCUCAAAUACAGGCCUUAAUGUCUCUCUCCAGCUCCUGCACGGGGAUAUGGAGCAGAUUCGCAAGGAUUACAUGCGUCUUUUCACCCGCAACGUCUCUAUUACUAAGAGGCUUGGUUUCUCCGAUAUCAUCAUUCCAGGUGAAAUAAGGAACGAUCUGUAUGUGACCCUUGAGAGGGGUGAAUUUGAGAAAGGUGGAAAAAGCGUGGCACGUAAUGUGGAAGUCACUGUCUAUCUGCUUGGAGGUGAUGGGCAACUUCUGAAGGGUCUGGUUUGUUGCGGCUCCGGGGAACCAGGAGUGGAUGAACACCGGUCUUUUGUCCUAUAUCACAGUAACAGCCCUCGCUGGGCCGAACAGAUCAAACUGCCCAUCCCUCUGGAGAUGUUUCACGGCACACACUUACGUUUCGAGCUCAGGCACUGCUCCACAAAGGAAAAAGGUGAGAAGAAGCUUUUCGGCUUCUCUUUUGUCCCCCUGAUGCAGGACGAUGGGAGACCGCUGCCUGAUGGGACGCAUGAGCUCAUUGUCCACAAGUGUGAGGAGACAGCUGAUCUUCAGGAUCCCGCUCGGUACCUCAAACUGCCAUUCUCCAAAGCCAGCCUCCAGCCAGGCAACAACCAGACAAUAAAGAACAGCAAAGAGUCUUUCUGGAUCCAGUCGUCUCUCUGCUCCACUAAACUCACUCAGAAUGGUGACAUGUUGGACCUACUGAAAUGGAGAGUCCAUCCGGACAGAAUCAUUGACUGCCUCUCCAAACUCAAGGACAUUGAUGGCACAGAAAUUGUUAAGUUUUUACAGGACACUAUGGACACAUUGUUCGGGAUUUUGGAUGAGAGUCCCCAGCGGUACGGACUAAAAGUGUUUGACUGCCUGGUGCACGUUAUAAAUUUGCUGCAGGACAGCAAAUUCCAGCUCUUUAAACCUGUAAUGGACAACUACAUUGAGAACCACUUCGCUGGUGCCCUUUCCUACAGGGAUCUGAUCCGUGUGUUGAAGUGGUAUGUGGAUCGUAUCAUUGAUGCCGAGCACCAGGAACAGAUCCAGCAGGUUUUGAAGGCGUCAGAGUACUUGUUUAAGUACAUUGUGCAGUCACGGCGUCUGUACGCGGCGGCCACUGGAGGCCAGAAUGAGGAGGAAUUUCGCUGCUCUGUUCAUGAACUCUUCAAAUCCAUCCACCUGUUCCUGUCACACGAGAGUAAGGGCAUCAGCCCCAUCACACACACACAGGCCGUGUUCCUGAGAUCGUUCCCGACUGUGUGCUGCGAGCUGCUAAAGAUCUUCAGCAUGAGAGAGGUGGCAAAUCUGGCCCGUGACACGCUGAGCAGCCUGCCUGUCCUCACGCACACGGACUGCCCUCUACAGGCCGUCAAAUUGCAGUGCAUGGCCAAGACCGUGGAGAGUCCACUUUACGUCAACCCGGAGUCGAGGUGUGUGCUGUUACCUGUAGUGCUGCAUCUGCUGCACACACACCUGCAGGAGCAGAGGGAGCUGGUGCUGUGUGCCAAUAUCCUCACCAGCAUGCUGACGCUCAACACACCUGCCACGGAGUGUGGCGUGCCUGAGGAGGUGAAUCUGGUCAUGGAGAGUCUGUCUGGAGUGUUACUCAGAACUAUAUUAGAAGUGACCAACCGGCCUCAGCCUGCCGCCACAUCGCUGCGCCUGCAGUACCAGGAUGUUACCGGUGAAUUUGUUGCCUGUUUGCUCACAUUGCUGCGGCAGUUGAAAGAUAAAGAAUACCAACAGCUUCUCAGCAGAUUUCCCACUAAAGAUGAACUAACGAGUUUCCUCCUGCAGUUAUUCACGGUCUUCAGAAUACUUAUCCGACCGGAUAUGUUCCCAAAGGACUGGACUGUCAUGAGACUGGUCGCUAAUAACGUCAUCAUAACCACCAUCUUGUAUCUCUCCGAUACCCUGCGCAACAACUUCCUUAAUGAGAAAUUUGACUUCAAGGUAUGGGAGUCCUAUUUUUACCUCUGUAUAAUAUUCAUCAACCAACCCUGCCUCCAACUGGAAAUGUUCCCGCCCUCCAAGAGGAAAAAAGUCUUGGAGAAGUACGGUGACAUGAGAGUAAUGAUCGGCUGUGAGAUUUUCAGCAUGUGGCAGCAUUUGGGUGACUAUAAGUUAAAUCUCAUUCCCACCCUGAUUGGUCCGUUCAUGGAGGUGACUCUAGUACCACAGAUGGACCUGCGGAACGUCCUCAUUCCCAUUUUCCACGAUAUGAUGGACUGCGAACAGCGACGGAGCGGCAACUUCAAACAGGUGGAGGCCAAACUAAUAGACAAACUGGAUGGCCUGAUGUCAGAGGGGAAAGGAGAUGAGACGUACAGAGAGCUCUUUAACAACAUAAUUCCACUGUUUGGUCCAUAUCCAAGUCUCUUGAAGAAGAUCGAGAGAGAAACCUGGAGAGAAAGUGGCGUUUCCCACAUUGCUACCGUCACACGGCUAAUGGAGAGAUUACUGGAUUACAGGGACUGCAUGAAGAUCGGAGAGGUUGAUGGGAAAACAAUGGGAUGUACAGUCAACCUUCUGAACUUCUACAAAACUGAGUUGAAUAAAGAAGAAAUGUACAUCCGAUAUAUUCACAAGCUCUAUGAGCUGCACCUGAAGGCACAAAAUUACACAGAGGCAUCCUACACCCUCCUGCUGUACGACGAGCUAUUGGAGUGGACCGAAAGGCCGCUCAGAGAGUUCCUCACGUACCCCAUGCAGAGCGAAUGGCAGAGGAAGGAAUGCCUCCAUCUCACCAUCAUACACAAUUUUGACAGAGGGAAAUGCUGGGAAAACUGCAUCAUACUGUGUCGAGAGCUGGCCAAUCAGUAUGAAACGUAUUAUGACUACAGGAACCUCAGCAAAAUGAGAAUGAUGGAAGCUUCUUUCUACGACAAAAUAAUGAACCAGCAGCGGCUCGAGCCGGAGUUUUUCAGAGUCGGCUUCUACGGGAAGAAGUUCCCCUUCUUUUUAAGGAAUAAAGAGUUUGUGUGUCGAGGGAAUGAUUACGAGCGUCUGGAGGCCUUUCAGCAGCGAAUGCUCAGCGAGUUUCCACACGCCAUUGCAAUGCAGCACGCCAAUCUGCCUGACCAGACCAUCCACCAAGCAGACGCGCAGUAUCUGCAGAUUUAUGCCGUUAGUCCUGUCCCUGAAAACCAGGACGUCCUGCAGAGAGACGGAGUGCCCAACAACAUCAAGAGCUUCUACAAAGUCAACCAUAUUUGGAGGUUUCGCUACGACAGACCUUUUCACAAGGGCACCAAAGACAAAGAGAAUGAGUUUAAGAGCCUGUGGGUUGAGCGGACAACGCUGACCCUCGCUCAGAGUCUGCCUGGCAUCUCUCGCUGGUUUGAAGUUGAGAAACGAGAACUGGUGGAGAUGAGUCCCUUGGAGAACGCCAGCGAGGUGAUUGAAAAUAAGACGCUGCAGUUGAGGACGCUGAUCGCCCAGUGUCAGAUGAGGCAGAUGCUGAACAUCAACCCUCUCACCAUGUGUCUGAAUGGAGUCAUCGAUGCCGCUGUCAAUGGAGGACUGGCUCGAUACCAGGAGGCAUUCUUUGCAAAAGACUACAUCGCAAAUCAUCCAGAGGAUGGAGAAAAAAUUACUCGUCUUAGGGAACUGAUGUUUGAACAGGCCCAUAUUCUGGAGUUUGGUUUAGCCGUGCAUGAGAAGUUCGUCCCACAGGAUAUGAGGCCGUUACAUAAAAAGCUUGUCGACCAGUUUCAUGUAAUGCGCUCCAGUCUGGGGAUUCAACCACAAGAGUUUCCCGCUUAUGUGCGAGUUAGUCCUCUGCAUUUUGCAAAUGGCAGCCCACGCACAUGCAGGACCCCUGUACCUAAUGCCAUCAGCCCAGAGGGAGGGCGAAUCGUGGCAAGACGCAGUCCUCUCAGCUAUCCAGCUGUCAACAGAUAUUCCUCAUCCUCACUGUCAUCACAGGCCUCAAAUGAAGUGAGCAACAUCACUGGCCAAUCAGAGAGCUCGGAUGAGGUCUUCAACAUGCAGCCCAGUCCGUCUACCUCAAGUCUCAGUUCAAAUCACUCUGGCUCACACAAUGUGAACAGCUCUGCUCCCUCCAGCAAUAGAGCUUCUCCACUGCCAUCUGACAAGCACAAGCAUUCCAGAGAAAACGCAUGCCUCUCUCCGCGGGACAGACUCUGCAGUGGUAUUUUCCCCAGCCCGCUGGACCCCACACAGAGGAUGAUUCCAUUCCAAAUUCCAGUGGAUUCAGCAUUACCACGCUGUGAACCCAAUCUCCCCACACCUGAGACAGGAUCUCUGUGCAAGAACGUGAGGUCACUGUCUCCCAUGCCAACUGCCCGUUCCCCUCAGAAGUCAAUGGUCCCUCCCCUCACGCCCUCUCCAACCGACGGCUUGCCAAUGGGGAGCCUGGCGUCUCACUCCCCUGCCCGCUCUGGCAGCUACAGCAGCGGGAUCUCAUCCCUCAGCCGCUGCAGCGUCUCUGAAACAUGCGGAAUUGACCUCCCGCCGCCCGACCCUCCUCUACCCCCCGCCGUGCCCACAGAUGUGCCCAUUCGCCGGGGAAGCAAGACUCCUCCACCCUACAGCGUCUAUGAACGGAACAAUCCCCGGCGAGCGACGCCACUGCCUCACAGUCUGUCAGUGCCGCCCAGUACCGACAACCCCAGCCUGACCGGCAAACCCCAACUGAACCGCGUGCAGCGAAUUAAUUCAGAACCCCGUCACCGGCCCACACCCAGGAAGGUCUCUCAGCUGUAGCGCGUCAGCAGAAACCGGAAACUUGGACUACGUCACAUUUUUUGCAGCCGUUUACUGUAAAAUAACUGUAGGUUAUGUAUCAUAAUUGGCAAUGUUUUCAAAUGCAAGGAGGUGUAUUUAUGUGGAGGAUUGGGAGUGGCAUAUUUAUAAAAAAAUCUUUCAAAUCUUUUAAAGAAGAGAAUAAAUUAAAAUGUCAAUAGAUCAAAAAAUGUAAUUCAGAAAUAUGUCAAUAAAUAUGUCAAAGUCCAAUGCACAUUUCAUGCUUUAUUUAUACUAUAUAAAAAUAGUUAAUAUACCUAUUUAUUGAAAAAUAAAUUAUAUGUCAUUAAAUAAUCAAGAAAUAUCUUUUAAAUGAGAUGAAUAUUAACACAUCAAAGUCUUUUGCAUAAUAUUAUUUGUUCAUUUAUUUAUUUGACACAUUUCAUUCAUGCUUAUAAUAAUAUAAUAUAUCAUAUUUAGGGCCCAAGCACUGGUGGUGCCCUAUUGGAAUUACACAGUUUCUUCUCCAAAAUUAAUUUCAUUUUUGAGGGCCUAAACAUACUCGAAAACUCAUGAAAUUUUGCACACAUCCCGGAAGUGGCGAAAAUUUACAUCUGAUAAGGGUUUUAGAAAUGGGUGUGGCAAAAUGGCUCAAUAGUGCCACCUAUAACAUUUCAACAAAGUGCCCCUCGAGCUGCGUUACACAUACAUGUACAAAAUUUGGUAGACACAUGGAACACACCAAUACCUACAAAAAAGUCCCUUGGUACGAAGUCCGAAACCCAACAGGAAGUCUUUUAUUUUUUCAGCAAGUUUUGUGCCAUUUUCAGGCGUUGUAUUUAAACAAAGUCCUAGAGAUUUAAACCAAUCAACACCAGAUUUGGUCAGUGUAAUCUAAAAUCCUUUGUGACGUUAAAUAGUGAAAAUUUUGAAUUUUCGUUGAAGGAUGUAUCCGUCUGACAAAUUUCGAUGUUUCGCCGUGAAAAAGGAAGUUGUUAUAAUUCAGGCAUACAAUGUCCGAUCUGCACCAAAAUUAACAUGUUUGUUAAGAGUCCUGACCUGAAGAGAUCUACAUGCCCAUAUUCAGUUGUAGUCAUAGCGCCACCUGCUGGCAACAGGAAGUGCCACGUCUUGCGCUGUAACAAACUCCUUUUAUAGAUUUGUGACGGCAACAUUAUAUUUGCAUCCUGAAGCAUCCCGGACAGGAGGUGAGCCCGAGUGCGAGGGCUUUAAUUUAUGUUAUCAAAAUUAAUUUUUAUACUAAAUGAUUAGUUUAAUUAAAUGUUAAUACGCAAGUAAAUUCAUUGGACUUUUGGACUGUAUUUAUUAACAUACACAAUUUUUUUGAUUUAUUUCUAACAUUUUUUUAUCUAUUGACACAUUUAUUUAUUAUUAUAUGUCACUCUCAAUCCACCAUAUGUUUUAAUUUUUAAUUUCGCAAUUUGUUUUCUAAAAUCGAAUUGAAAGUGAACCGGAAUGCUCCCGUGAUGAAUGUUUUCCUUUUUUGUUAAUUGAUAUUAAGUAGAUCAUCUUUAUUUCAUUUUAAAGCUGCAUAUUUGAUGGUUUAGUGACUAUUUUGUGGAUCGGCUCUUUAGACCGAGUCUAAAGUGCAGCUCAGAACUGUUCUUCACCGAUGAACUGAACCGGCCAUCUCGGCGCAGUCCUUCUGAUAUGCAGUUACGGCUAGAAAUGAAAUGUAGUAGAAAAGCCAUGAAGAGAUUAUGUACGCUUUGAAAUGGCAUGUAAUUUACAGCAAAAUCUGAAGAUCUGGCAGGUCCAUAUCCCAUUUAGAGUGCUCUGAAACAUAUUGCUAGCAAGGUAUUUUUGAUAGAAGUACAAAAUCAGUGUUGUACAGCUUUACUUUCCACACUACAGCAGUUUUUUUUGGUCACAAACCGAGGCGUACAGCUAGACCUGCGUCCCGUUUUAACCGCUUUGUACUUUCUGGAAUGGCUAAAAGGUGCUACAUAUUUCUUAGUGUUUGGUUUUUUUCUAAUGUAGCCUCGUAUCUACCGAAACUGCCUGACCGUUUAAAUGUGCCAAUGUGAUGAAAUUGUGUGGUCUCCGAGUAUUGUGCCAAAGAUGCAAACAGUAUUAACUUCUUUGUCAGUGAGAGUAGUUAGGAAAGCUUAACUGAAGUUAGCGUGACCGCUAGUGCUCAACAAUGUGCUUCUUAAAAACCGUGUGCAGAGGCGUAGAUCAAGACUGCAUGGGGCAUGAGCAGUACAAAGCAAUAUAACCAUUGUAGUUUGCAGAGAGUGAUAGAAACAAACAUCAUCUAGUUCUGAGAUGACUUUUCCCAGCAGCCUGAUCCCAAAUCAGGUUGCGUCGCCGCAGUCACUUCCAAACAAUAUUGGCUAGACCUAAUCUGUUUUUCUUUCUCCUUUAAAUGUUAAAUCUGACAGAACUUUUCGCAUUACGGUCAGAAAUUCAAUUUGGGAUCUUAUUUGGACUCUAGGUUGUAGAUGAUAAACACAAA